UGCCGUAAAGUUAAUUGAUAAGGAACAGGAAAAGGAUUUUAAAAUUGAGGAAGCUCAAUUGUCUAAGCUAGACCAUAAAAAUAUUGUCAGACUGCUGGCCACAUGUCGAGAUAAAGAAAACCUAUGGCUGGUCAUGGAGUUGGCAGAGGACGGCAGUCUAUAUAAGGUGGUGCAUAAGUCUAACCCCCAGGUGUCGUACAGUGUGUCUCAGGCGCUCCAAUGGCUACAUCAAUGCGCCCGUGGAGUCGCUUACUUACAUUCAAUGGUACCUAAAGCUAUCAUACAUCGUGAUCUAAAAUCUAAAAAUGUAUUACUGUUCAAUCGGCUAACGGAGCUCAAAAUUUGUGACUUAGGCAACGCUCGCGAUAUGACUAUCAAUCACAGUAUCUAUCGUCAAUCCAUGUCUAUUCAU